UUUCCACAUUUGUUUAAUAGCAUGAAUUGUCGUGGUAUUACUAAGGCACUUCCUUAUUGCUAAGGCUUGCACUGUUCAAGUCCGCAUGUUUGCAUAAGCGUUGUAUAUUUCACUAACAAUAAUUAAAGGUUACACGCGAUAUUUUAGCGUAUCUAUGGAUACUAUUUUUCAUACUUUCAAAACUGGUAACUAAUUUAAAAAGCUUGAGAGCAAUGAGAAAACGAACAAAACAAUGUUUUUCCUCUUCAAGGCUUUCGUAUGGGUGUUCAUUUGCCUCCUAUUAUUUGUGGCCUUAAAUAAUAUGUUGAAUGAUUUGUGUCGCACAGCCCCUCUUGAAAAUGUAUAUUUUGUUGCGGUAAGACUUAAGUAUGAAUAGAAUAUAUAGGGAUUAACCCAUGUUAGAUUCAAAUGCAUAAUGAAAUGUGCAAUAUGAUGAGGCUUAAACUGUCAUCUAAUUCGUAUAAAUUUGUUUAACUUGCACCGUCAAUCUUCUCUUAGAAGAAGACUAGAACGUCUCAAUAUAUGACUCAUAAUUACUUAUAUUCUAGUUCACUUUUGCUUCUUAUCGUCCUUGUCUCCCUAAAAAGUUGUCUAAAAAUCAUGAUGGGAGGAAUAAUUUUACAUGAAGUUAUUAGUUAAGAAAUCAUAUGAUCUAUAUUUUUUUAUCCGUUUUUUUAUUUUAUUUGUUUACGAUCUAAGUAUUACCGGCAAAAGAUUGGCUCUGAUGAUUUUUAGAUAGCUUUGAGUGAAAAUUACCAUGUAUAACAGACGAAGCUAAGGAAGGCUCUUUAAACUCGUGUAUAACUUAGCUAUUAACUAUAUAUAUUCAUAUACAGGUGUAUGUAAGACUUUUAAUGUGUAAAACAAUUGAAAUCUACGCAAACUCUUCAUUAUGUAAUUCUGAAUAACCUUGUCGUACGUUUUGCAGUGGACGAGAACUCAGGUGGGACAAACCAAUUUAUUGUUCAAUGCAAAUUUAUACAGUGCUGUCGUAUAAUAUGAAAGUUAAACAUUAUUUUUACAUCUUCUAUCAAUUGUCCUUUACACAAUUAAUGAUUCUUUCAAGUCUGCUUUUAUUCCAGUUGCUCUUUGCUUUCUUUCAUGUCCUCUUUAAUUCAAUCUUAUGAUGGUAAACAUUCCGCUUCCGAUUGCUGCUACAUACUUUAUGUUUUGACUAAAGACUGUCUUAAGAAUCACUAGAACAAAUUACUGUCCUCCAGAAACUCAUGUUUCUGAUCAUUUUUAAACAUCAGCCCACUUUGGACCAUUUAUAAAAUUAACAAGUAAUGUUGAGUAAAGAACACAUUCAAUACUCUAUGCAUCUUUCUAUGGCAUACUUGCCAAAUCAACGCCUAUCUACAGAUAUUCUGACUAGGUUUUAGUACUGAAUGACAUCUAAAUAAGUGCCUUAUUAAACUUUCGCUUAUUUCAGAUACUCAAAGCUUAAUUACACCGACAAAUAUAUCUGACAUAUUCAAAGAAAAAUGGAUUGUGAUCCAAACAAUGACUACAAUCGAACAGCUUUAUUUUCUCCGCGUGAUCUACCGCGUAGUGAGACUGAAAGUAAACUACAAAUCAUUUAGAUUGAAGAACGUCUACGAUUCUAUCAAAUGGAGGUAGAUAAAAAGGAUGAGUUGAUAAGACAAGUGACAAAAAUAACUGCAAACACACCAGUUAUCCAGAAUUUUCGUACACCCGAUACACAAAUUUGUUCACAUGAGAAACUCGAAGAAAUUCGAAUAAAAGUUGAAAAACUUCAACACACAAUUGCAGAAAAUAAAGACAUAAUACAUGAAAAGAAUAUAACAAUCAGCGAAUUAAAAACAGAAUAUGAUGCAAUACGAUUAGAGAAUGUAGAUCAUUUAAAAAGAAUUGAAGAAUUAGAAAAUUUAUUGGUAGAAAAGUCACAUAAACUACAUACUUGUGAACAAUCUGAAAGUCAACGUGAUUUAGUAGUUCAGUCACUACAAGAAGAUUUAAAAAUAAAAACAACUAAACUUCUAGAUCUCCGUUACCAGUAUAAGAUGUUAGAGGAGAAAUAUGAAAGCAAAAUCCAAGCUGAAAAGACAUCUCAAGAAGAAUUAGGAAAAUACUUCACGGAUUUAGCAAAUUUGCUAGAAUGUGAGGCAAAACCGCAAUCCUGUAUUCUUAAAUUAACUGACAUACUAAGAUCAUUAUCUGACUCUAAAGAACAAGUUAAACGACAAGGUGAUUCAAUUGAAGCAUAUGAAUUUGAACAAAGAGCAUCUAGAGAGACUAUAUCACGUCUAUCUGGUGAAAUUAACAAAGAACAAGAAUUAAGACAAGCAGCUGAAAAUUCUGAAAGAGAAAUUAAACAGGAAUUUGAAAAAAUCAAAACAGCUUAUCAAAGAUCAGAAAGUUGUAUUCAUUUAUUAGAAGAACGUGUAAACAGUUUAACACAAUCACUUCAAGCUGCAAGAGAUGAUGCAAUGGAACGUGGAAAACAAUUAAAUAAAAUAAAUGAAAUUGAAGCAAUGUUUCAAACUAAAAUUAAUAACCAUAAUGCAUCAGAACAAUCAACUAUAAUGGAUUUAGAGAAAUGUCGUUGGAAUUCUGAUGAUUUAAAAGAAAUUCAAAAAUUUAUCGAUGCAAUGGUUUCUUGGCUUUCAUUUCCUCAUCCGGAUCAAUUAUCAUCACUAUUUAAUACAAUUUCACAGAGGAUUGAAGAAAUGGAGGAGUCUUUAAGACAACAUACACAGGUUUGUACGGACAUAGAAUUAGAAUUGAAUGAUUUAAGAGAGGAGCGAUCAAAUUACAAUUCCAAUUUUGAUAUGUUAAAAGAACGUAUUGCUUAUUUGGAAGAACAAAGAGCUUCUGAUGGAACACUCAUUGAUGAAUUAAGAAAUGAACGUGAUAGAUUGCACUGCCAUCUAUGUAAAUUGGCUCAAAUUCUCAAAAUAGAUGAACCAGUUGCUGAAUUGGGUGCAGAGAUGCUAGGAGAUACAUUAGCACUUCGUCUUACCCAGUUACAACAAGGUGACACGGAAAAACAAACAAAUCAACGUUUACAAAUUUCUCGAUUACAACGUGAACUACGGGAAACAAAAGAUAGAGCUGAUUCACUUGAUUUACAAAUAGGAGUUAUGCGACGUCGUUUAAUUGAUGCUCAGGAGAAUGGACAUCAAACAGUUAUGCCAGCAAGUGGUACCCCUAUGACCCUGGCUACAUCGGAGAAAGAAAGACGAAAAUUAUUAAAACAACUAGAAAAUGUUAAAGAAUUGGAAAAUAAUCUGCGUCAAGAAGUAGUCAUGUUAAAAGCUAGAUUACUUGAAUCAAGUCAAACUAAGCUUGCUCAAAUGAGUGUAUCAAAAGCUUUACGUGCUGCUCAAAAUAAAAUUGAUGAAUUAGGCUCAAUAUGUGAAAAUCGUGAUAAUGAAGUUAAAAAAUUAACUACUGAAUUAAAUGAAUCCAAGAAACAUUCAAAUAUUGAAAUAGAAAAUCAAAAUGAAGAAUUACAAAAAUUAAGAAAAGAGAUUAAACAUUUACAAACUUCAUUGAAUAGUAGUCAAAAAUCUGAGGAACAUCUUUUAGAAUUUCGUAAACUUGUUGCAAUUUAUCUUGGAUUAGAUAAUGAACAAUUAACUAUUCCAGAUUAUGAAAUACUAACACAUUUAGAUCGUUUAGUCUCAGCUAAUCAAUCUCAAGUUGCAAAUGCGGUAGCUACAGAAAGAGCAAUAGAUUUAGUAACUGGUAAUACUAGAUCUAAUAUUCUAAAUCAUUACGGUCGGUGACAGCAAAGAGAACCAGCCCUCUAGUAAUACCUCAUGGCAUCUAUAAUUGAAUCAUCGAGGCAAUAUUUUUAAACGACUGUCCUAAGGGUAUAUAAGUGUAUAUGGAAUAUAAAUUUUAUACGUUAAAUGA